CCCUGUUGGAUGUAGUUUUGUUUGAGCAGUUGUUCUACAUCUGCAAACGGGAUGACCUACCCGCGGAGACUAAACUGAAAUUGGCGAUCUCUUAAGGGAACACGUAUACAUUUAUUUUACCGUUAUGGGAUACGUAAUUACAGCAGUGUUGUUCCUGGUUGCUUCUACGCAUACCCUGACGUAUUCAGUGACUGCUUCACCAUGGCCAAUGCCACCACGCCAGGACAUUUGUGGGGAUACAGAGACAUUUACGGCGACUACAAUAAAGCAGACAAUGAAGUCAUCGUCCAGUUUAGUACACCCUUCAGAACAAUUUUCUUGUCGAUGGGUCUUCAGAGCCUUCAACUCUCGACUCCCUAUUCACCUGGAAAUUCGUCCAGCCUUUAUUCCAUACAGAUCGUAUAACUGUAGUUUGAUGACAACUGUUAAAGACGGAAACGCCAAGUUGAGAUCGUUCUGUGAAGGUCAGCCAGGAUGGAUGGGGUGGCUGCGCCGCAUCUCGUUUACAGGAUACAGUGGUUCCAUGACUGUCCUUUUGAAGUCCAACUUCCAGAGAAUAGGGUACAUGACGGGCAUCAAGAUCAGAUAUUACCAAGACAGAAACGACCCGCUACUGACUACAACAACAGUCAGACCUUCAACUACAACAACGGCCUGGCCUAAAUGGAUUCGGACAACGUGGCCUGAAUUCAUUACCACAACACGGCCUGAAUUCAUUACCACAACACGGCCUGAAUUCAUUACCACAACAUGGCCUGAAUUCACGACCCGUGAUUGGCAUACGACUAAGACUAAUUGCUGGCUUAUGACCAAAACUAGAGCCAGAACUACAACUACAACAACUUUCAGAGACUGGCCUAGAAGGUCGACUACACCGCCGACUUUCAGAGACUGGCCUAGAACGUCGACUAUGCCACCAACUUUCAGAGACUGGCCUAGAAGGUCGACUAUGCCACCAACUUUCAGAGACUGGCCUACAUCGUCGACUAUGCCACCAACUUUCAGAGACUGGCCUAGAAGGUCGACUAUGCCGCCAACAGAUUAUUUCGCUCUAUGCGGAAAUACUUCCUUGAUCGCAUCCGAAGAACCGGGCUACAUCUACACACCGGGUGUUGAAGAUUCCUUCAAAUCGCGUUGUCUCUGGGUCAUCAGACCUUUCUGGUUCGGCCCCAUUCAUCUGGAAAUCAGAUCCGUUUCCGGUUAUGACCUGGACUGUAACGAUCAACAACUGCUUAUUAGAGACGGUACAAAAACAAUUAAGCGACACUGUGAUGGAAACACUGAGCGUUACACGGGCACGGAGGGAACCAUGAGAAUAAUGUACAGCAACGAUGGCUUUUACCCCUUCACUUCACAAAUCAGCAUCAAGUAUUACCAAGACAAAUAUUACGAUAGACCCGAUAGCGACAGUCGAACUAAAGGACCUGAUAGCGUCAAUGGAACUAAAGGACCUGAUAGCGUCAAUGGAACUAAAGAUGACCUGCUACUUAGACACGUUGCGACAAUCAGUUCACUUACUGGUGCAGUCGUCUUGAUUCUCUUCGUUGUCAUUCCGAUAAGUGCGUUGUGUUGCCGAUAUCGCCGAAACCGUUCUCGUCGCAGCGCCAACCGUACACUCACCAUGGCAGUCAUCUCAGAUGGAAGGACGGACACGGCCCCUCCAGCUUACACUGACCUCUUUCCGACCGAGAAGGUGCUGCCACAGAGGAAGGACGAACUUACCAACGAUCCAACACUUCCGGAACUGACCACGAGUGCUCUCCCUUACAAGUCUCCUCAAACUGAGCCAGCGCUUGUGGAUUCGGCUAAACCAGAAUCAAAUAUCUGAAGAGCUGUCACAUUAUGAUGAGAUGAACUUUGAUACUUCUGUAGUGUUUUGCAUAUAUACAUUUACUUUUUAUUAAAUCUUGUUUUAUGAGAUAUUAUAAUCAGAGCUCACUGUAGCUAUAACGUAUAAAGAUAUAUGUAUAGACCUCCAGAAUACAUUUAGUUUUAUUGCACGGGGCACGUUAAGUCAAUACUUUUCUUAACGUGCACGGCAAGUUGCUUCCCUCUACUUAGCAAAUUUAAAAUGGCGGGGAUAUUUUGUAAGGUUGUCGUUGAAGAUUUAUUUUCUUAAUAAUGAUGCGACUCAUUCAAUCAGGAUUUUGUGAGUACAGUAGGUUAUACAUUUUUGGUUUGUGUGUCCAUCUCUUGCACUAUUUCGGUUGAGAAACGGUUGAAACAUGGUUCCACACGUUUUGAAUACAGGCUAUAUAUAGGGUAUGUAACAAGAUACAGACGUAGUAAGACCCACACUAACUACGUCCCUCCGGACUAAUGCGUUUGUACUGCGGAGUUGUCUUUCUUCAACUUGAUCCAAUCAACUGAUUGUUUCGUUUUUCCCUCGUUCAAGUCAGUGCACCAGAACCGGUCAAAGACCGUGGUAUGUGGUUCUCUGUUGGAAAGUGCGUAUAAAAGAUCUUUUUCUGCAAAUAGAAAAAUUGAUCAGGUUUCCUCUGAUGACUAUAUGACAAAAUUACCAAAUGUUUGACAUCCAAUAGCCGAUGAUUAAUUAAUCAGUGGUCUCUAGUGGUGUCGUUAAACAAAACAAACAUUAAACUGUUCAUCUUACUUUUUAUCUCUACUUGGACUGUAAUGCGUUACUGCAGAGUUGUAUUUCUUGAACUUGUUUAUAGUCUGUUUUAUACCAUAACACAUUACUUUUAUAUUUGUUGUAUUAUUCCGGAAGAUGCUUAUAUGUAUUAUUGUGCCGAACGUUUUAAUUUUGUUUUUAACUUUGUAUUAUUUUAAGUUGGGUAGAUUUUAUAAACACUGUUUCGUUAUUUAAUACAUACAUAAUUAAUAUAUAUCUUUGCGAUGGGAGGAUUAUAAUCUACUCAAAACAUUGUAGUGUAUUAACAGGUUUUUUUUUUUGUAAAUAAAAACUAAAAUGAUC